CACAACUAACGCGCCAUACGCUGUGGCGUACCUAAAAAUGAAUAUCAAACCCAUGACAAGAACCAGAUGGGCCUGACAGCUACUCGUGACGAUUUGAAAACGUGCACAUAAAAGCCAUACCAGAUGGCUCCAAAGCAACCCCCAGUCAUCUUACCCCCAGGGUGCACCGCAGAAUCCCUCCUCCCCAUCCAGCAUCUCCUGCACCUCACGGCCCACCGCAACAAGAACCAGCACCGCAUCGCGAAGUGGUGGGCUUCAUUCUCCAUCCUGCGUCGGCAGCUGGGGAAGCUGAUUACAGCGCUUGAGGAUCCUGAUGCGGCAUUCCGUGCGAAGAAGAUUGAGAUUGAGACGAGGGUUGUGUUUUUGAGGGAGGAGGUUGUGCCAAGAUGUUACCUGGCCUUCUCGACUGUGGUGGCAGAUAACCAGUAUGCCUCCCUGGGGCUGAUGCUGAUGGGCUGUCUGGCGAGAAUGAAUAAACUCAUAUCGUUCCCUAAAGAUGAAGACGAAGAGAUGGAAGAGGUGGUCAAGGUCGAGAAAACGGCCUCUAGUCACGUGUUGGAAGUUGAAGACUUUGGAGAGGCAAUCAGCAGAGAGGAGUUGGAAGGGUCGGUAAAGAGCUUGAAGACGGCGAAGAAAGGGAAGAAGAUUGCGGAUGGGCUACUGGAAGCGGGCUCCACGCCAUCUUCUGGAAGGAAGGGGCUAAGCGUAUCUUCUUCGAAGAAGAAAGUCAUUACAGAAACAGUAGCUUCAGAGAGCGAUGACGCUGUAUCACCGGCGCCUACAACUGAAAAGAAACGGAAGAAGGUCCGGGAAACAACAGUCACCACCGCAAGCACCAAAACCACAACACCAAAGCCCCCAAAGAAGAAGCGGAAGAAGGGCGGCGACGAAUUCGAUGACUUAUUCAGCGGCCUUAUAUGAAAAGCGACGCAAUACGCUAUAGUAUCUAAUAUCUAAUGAAGAACCGACGCCACAAGAUACCAACAUAAAUACCCAAUAUCUACACCCACCCUAUCCGUCUAAUAAGCGCCCAGCCAGAACAGCAGGCUUCCCAAUCCGAUAUUCAUCCCGAUAUGCUGCCCGAUGCUCCAGGCCAUGCUGUACAGGUACUUUGGCGAAAAUACCGUCCAGAUGAACAGGUGUGUCCGCAGCACCGUGCACGCCGCCAUGAUGAAUACCAAUCCCGUCGCUGCAAAUACGGUCUGCAGCGCGAUGUACUUCAACAACACGUUCUUCUCGCCCCCUGCCCGGAGACGCAGGAGCAUCAUCGUUGUAGCGGAAGUCCAGAAGAUGGGCCCGGUCCAGUUGCUCACGAAAGUGAGGAUUCCGACGGCGACGAUGUUGUAGCCGCUGACGCCGUUGUAGGCGCUCGAGAGGUCGACGGAGGAGAUGGAGUUGGUGCCGCCGAAGGCGAAGAAGGACAUGUAUUGGAAUACAAGAGAGGUGAUGGUGACCUCGGUGAGGUUGAGGUCUAGGUUAAAGAGAAGGUGGAACUGUGCGGAGAAGAUCAUAAGGAGUGGGAUGUUGGUGGCGCGGGAUUGGGUCAUAAGCAAGAGGGUGAGGAGAUUGUGAAUCGUGCGAGUUGAGGCUGUGGAAUAAUUAGUGGGUGUAGUUUGACACAGUGGGAGCUUAAACAUACUGAAACGAUGCCUGCGGACCGCGGACAAAUACUCUGCCCCGAUAGUUUGUGCCAAAGCAAGACCGAUACCGAU